GGUGACUCGGACGCUCUUUUGAAGUUCAAGUCAUCUCUCGUGAACCCUACCGCGCUGGUGGGAUGGGACUCAGGCGACCCUCCUUGCUCCGGAGAAAAAGGAAGCGACUCGAAAUGGAAAGGAGUGAUGUGCUCGAACGGCGUCGUGUUCGCUCUCCGCCUCGAGAACAUGAGCCUCUCCGGCGUGCUUGACGUGCACUCCCUCGCGUCGAUGCGAGGGCUCAAGAGCAUCAGCUUCAUGCAUAACGGUUUCGAAGGGUCGGUGCCACGUGGACUCGACGGGCUUGUCUCGCUAGUGCAUCUUUACUUGGCGCAUAACCGGUUUUCAGGCGAGAUCGACGGUGAUUUGUUUGAUGGAAUGAAGGCUUUGGUGAAGGUUCAUCUUGAAGGAAACCGGUUUUCCGGUGAGGUUCCGGAGUCGUUGGGGAAAUUGCCGAAGCUGACUGAGCUGAAUCUCGAGAAUAAUUUGUUCACCGGGAAAUUACCGGCGUUUAAACAGAAGAAUCUCGUUACCGUUAACGUUGCUAAUAAUCGACUAGAGGGUCGAAUUCCGUUUACUCUCGGCCUCAUGAACAACACCUUCUUCUUAGGUAACAAGGGGCUGUGUGGGCCGCCUCUGCUUCCGUGCAGAUACACUCGUCCGCCGUUGUUAACGGUGUUUCUCCUUGCCCUCACCGUCCUCGCCGUCAUAGUCCUCAUUACCGUCUUUCUUUCCGUUUGCAUCCUCGGCCGUCGUCAAGGGCAAGGCCAAGGCCAAGGCCACGACCACGGCCAAAUCUACGGACCAACCGAGCAACAGAGUGAGAAGAGCUCGCAGGACUCGAAGGUCUACAGGAAGCUAGCCAAUGAAAGUGUGCAGCGAGAUUCAGCAUCAACAGCAGCAUUAUCCGAGGGAGCUCAGUCUCCAGAAGAAGACAAGCGAGGAGAUCAACGGAAGCUGCAUUUCGUUCGGAAUGAUCAGGAGAGGUUCACGCUCCAGGAUAUGCUCCGUGCGUCCGCGGAGGUUCUCGGCAGCGGCGGAUUCGGAUCGUCGUACAAGGCGGCUCUAUCGAGCGGCCGCGCGGUGGUUGUGAAGCGGUUUAGGUUUAUGAGCAACAUCGGGAGAGAGGAGUUCUACGAUCAUAUGAAGAAGAUCGGUCGAUUAUCUCACCCUAAUCUUCUUCCAUUGGUCGCCUUCUAUUACAGAAAAGAGGAGAAGCUUCUCGUCACCAAUUACAUUACCAAUGGAAGCCUCGCGAAUCUCCUCCAUGCAAAUCGGACACCAGGUCAGGUGGUUUUGGAUUGGCCGAUCCGAUUGAAGAUUGCAAGAGGAGUUACGAGAGGUUUGGCUUAUCUCUACAGAGUAUUCCCUGAUCUGAAUCUCCCUCACGGCCAUCUCAAAUCUUCAAACGUGUUGCUCGACCACGACUUCGAGCCGCUCCUAACGGACUACGCUCUCGUGCCGGUGGUGAACAGGGAGCAGUCGCAGCAGUUCAUGGUGGCUUACAAGGCCCCAGAGUUCACUCAGCAAGAGCGGACCUCGAGAAAGUCCGAUGUGUGGAGCCUUGGAAUCUUAAUCCUCGAGAUCCUGACGGGGAAGUUUCCGGCGAACUAUCUACGGCAAGGGAAAGGAGCUGAUGACGAGCUAGCUGCUUGGGUUGAGUCGGUAGCGAGAACGGAGUGGACAGCUGAUGUGUUCGACAAGGAGAUGAAAGCAGGGAAAGAACACGAAGGGCAAAUGUUGAAGCUGCUCAAGAUUGGGUUGAGAUGCUGUGACUGGGACAUAGAGAGGAGAAUUGAGCUCCACGAGGCUGUUGAUCGGAUAGAAGAAGUCGACAGAGAUGCAGGUGGAGGUCAAGAGAGUGUUCGAUCUUCAUACGUGACUGCUAGUGAUGGCGAUCAUCGUUCUUCAAGAGCCAUGACUGAGGAGUUUUCUCUCAUUAGCAUGUACUCCGACAAUAAGGCUAAGGCACCUGUUCUUGAUGAACCAUGUCCAUUCUCAUAUAUUGGUUUAGUAUCAGCAGAUUAUCAAGUGCAGUUUCCUGAAAAUGAUGAUAUUUACUCUAUACUAGCAGCGGAAGGGAUUGAAUUCCUUUUGUCGCAUAGUGGAGAGGUGCCUUUGGAAUAUAUUCACGGGAAGACGAUUUGUCUCUUCUUCUCCGCAAACUGGUGCAGGCCUUGCAAGGACUUUACUCCAGAGCUGGUAAAACUCUACGAGAGUCUUCAGAAACGAGGAGAAGAACUUGAGAUCAUCUUUGUCUCAUUUGAUCAUGAUAUGACUCUAUUCUAUGAACACUUCUGGUGCAUGCCAUGGCUCGCAGUUCCCUUCAGUUUAAGCCUACGCAACAAGUUAACGGACAAGUACAGGAUCGCUCGUAUCCCGUCACUCGUUCCUCUAGAUCCAGAUGAAAUCUCGGUCGCUGAAGAUGUAAUUGGUCUAAUUGAAGACUAUGGUCCUGAAGCAUUUCCUUUCACUAAAAAGAGGAAAGAAGAACUCAAGGCCAUCGAUGACUCCAAACGCGUUGGAGGACAGUUGGAGAAACUCCUUACGCAUGAAUCCCGGAAUUACGUUGUUUCUAGAAAUGGAAGUAAGGUACUAGUUUCUGAACUUGUGGGCAAGACCAUAGGUUUAUACUUUGGUGCACAUUGGUGUCCACCUUUUCGAUCCUUCACUUCUCAGCUCAUAGAUGUGUACAAUGAGCUUACGACCACCACAAAAGGCUCCUUCGAAGUCAUCUUAGUCUCAACAGACAGAGACUCGAGAGAGUUCAGUCUCAACAUGACCAACAUGCCGUGGCUUGCAGUACCUUAUGAGGACAGAACAAGACAAGAUCUCUGUAGAAUCUUCAACAUCAAACUCAUACCUGCUUUGGUCAUCAUAGGACCUGAAGAGAAAACGGUGAGCACAAACGCGAGAGAGAUGGUCUCGUUGUAUGGAUCGAGGAGUUAUCCAUUCACGGAAUCUAGGAUUGUUGAGUUAGAAGCUUGUUUGAAGAAAGAAGGCGAUUCGUUUCCAAGGAAAGUGAAAGAUAAGAAACACGAACAUGAGCUAAAGCUGGAUAUGGCGAAAGCUUAUGUGUGUGAUUUCUGUAAGAAGCAAGGCAGGUUUUGGGCGUUUUCUUGCGAUGCUUGCGAUUAUGAUCUUCAUCCUACAUGUGUGGAAGAACAAGAAGCAUUGUUGAGAGAGAAAGAGAUUUGGAUGGCGAAGAACAGGCGGGACAGAGACGGAGGAGGAUAUGGCACGGAUGGAUUGGUUGCUGUGGCAAUAGACAGAGACAAAAGCAGCCAAAAUGCUCUGAAAUGGGCUACCGAUAAUUUGUUGCAGAGAGGCCAAACCAUCCUUCUCAUCCAUGUCAAGCCUCGGGCUUCUUCUUUGUCAACGAACCCUUCUAUUAGCUCAACCUCUUCUAAAUCGAGCCAAAUAAAUGGUGAUUCUUCAUUGGUGAGUGGAGAACCAGAAGGCUCUUACAAACAGUUGUUCCUUCCCUUUCGUUGCCUCUGUUCACGCAAAGAUAUACAAUGCAAGGAUGUGGUGCUGGAGGAGUCAGAUGUGGCGAGAGGUUUAGUCGAAUAUGCAAGUCAGGUCAUCAUUGAGAUAUUGGUGGUUGGUUCCUCUUCAAAAGGUGGCUUUCUCAGGUUCAACAAACCUACAGAUAUCCCGGGAGCCGUUUCGAAGACGGCACCUGACUUCUGCACGGUUUAUGUGAUAACCAAAGGGAAGCUUACAUCAAAGAAAGCAGCCUCUCGUGCUGCGCCUUCUGUUUCUCCAUUGCGUAUGCAGCUUCAACAGAAUAGCUCAAAGCCACAUCCACCUUUGCCUUCUGCUACAACUACUAAUUCAAGAGCUGAGAGAAAAUCAUUUGAGUCUCAGAAUCGGAGGUCACUUGACGAUCAAACUGAUUCAUUCAGGUCACCCUUUACUAGAAGAGGCAUGAAUGGGAGAUCAUACGGAGAUAUAUCAUUCGCGGAUUCUGACAUAUCCUUUAUCAGCUCUGGAAGACCAAGCACUGAGCGUAACUCGGUUGAUUCAAACCGGACUCCUCCUCCAAGGCUAUCAAACUUCUCAGACAUGGACUAUGGUAGCUUCGAGUCAAUAAACUACGGACGGAGGUCACUGGAUAUAAACUCCCCAACUGCUUUCUCAACAGGCUCAUUUGAGAAUGAAAGGUUUUCUUCUGCUUCUCAAGGAGGGGAAGAUGUUGAGGCUGAGAUGAGGAGGCUUAAGCUGGAGCUGAAACAAACGAUGGAGAUGUACAGUACAGCUUGCAAGGAAGCGCUCACAGCAAAACAUAAGGCAACGGAGCUUGAACGCUUGAAGUUAGAAGAAGAACGGAAGUUCGAAGAAGCAAAGCAUGCAGAGGAAGCGGCGUUAGCCAUUGUAGAGAAGGAGAAAGCAAAAUCCAAAGCAGCAGUGGAAGCAGCUGAAGCAGCACAAAGGAUCGCUGAGAUCGAGUCCCGGAAGAGAAUCGAUGCAGAGAUGAAAGCUCUGAAAGAAUCCGAGGAGAAGAAAAAAGCCGUGAAUGCUUUAGCGCACUCGGAUAUCAGAUACAGGAAGUACUCCAUCGAGGAGAUUGAGGAUGCAACAGAGUUCUUUGACGACAAGUACAAGAUCGGUGAAGGCGGGUAUGGACCUGUCUACAAGUGUUAUCUUGAUCACACACCCGUGGCUGUGAAAGCUUUGCGCCCAGAUGCAACUCAAGGCAGGUCACAGUUUCAGCAAGAGGUUGAAGUGUUGAGCUGCAUGAGGCACCCUAACAUGGUUCUACUCCUUGGAGCAUGCCCUGAAUGUGGAUGCUUAGUGUAUGAGUUCAUGGCCAAUGGGAGCUUAGAAGACCGUCUCUUCAGACAAGGAGACAGCCCGCCGCUCUCUUGGCAAACGAGGUUCAGAAUCGCUGCAGAGAUCGGCACUGUGCUGUUGUUCCUCCACCAGACUAAACCGGAACCACUAGUUCACCGUGAUCUCAAGCCAGCUAACAUCUUGCUAGACCGAAACUUCGUAAGCAAGGUCGCUGAUGUUGGUCUUGCUAGGCUUGUCCCUCCAUCUGUUGCGAACACAGUGACGCAAUACCGCAUGACAUCAACCGCUGGCACGUUCUGCUACAUCGAUCCAGAGUAUCAGCAGACCGGUAUGCUUGGUGUGAAGUCUGACAUUUACUCACUCGGCAUUAUAUUUCUGCAGUUGAUAACAGGAAAAGCACCAAUGGGUCUAACUCAUUACGUCGACAGAGCACUCGAGAAAGGGAAUUUGAAAGAUCUGUUUGAUCCAAGUGUGCCUGAUUGGCCUGUUGAAGACACCACAGAGUUUGCCAAGUUGGCUCUCAAGUGCGCAGAGAUAAGGCGUAAAGACAGACCUGAUCUUUCCAGAGUUAUCUUGCCAGAGCUCAACAGAUUAAGAGAACUUGCUGAGGCAUCAUCUCAGUCUGCAGUGGUCAUCAACAGCCCCGGACCAACCCCCAGCGUUAGUCAAGCUUCCUCCCCCAAGUUG